AUGAAGCAGCAGCAGCAAGCAGCAGCAGCAAGCAGCAGCAGCAAGCAGCAGCAGCAAGCAGCAGCAGCAAGCAGCAGCAGCAAGCAGCAGCAGCAAGCAGCAGCAGCAAGCAGCAGCAGCAAGCAGCAGCAGCAGCAAGCAGCAGCAAGCAGCAGAAACGAAAAGCAGCGAGCAGGAGCAGGGGGCUCCAGCAAGCAGCAACAACGAACAGCAGCAAGCAGGAGGAGCAGCGCGAAACAGGAGCAGUAG